AUAAUUCUAAAUUAUUUAUUUGCGCCUUUUGAAGUUAUUUUAUGCUAACGGCUAACGGCUUAGAAAAUUUUAAUUCCUUCACUUAAUUUCGUAAAAAGUUUCGUUCUUCUGUGCUUAGUUAGAUAUUACUGAGAAAGCUGAAGUUUUAUGGAUUAAAAUUACUACAAAUAGUAACUUCUAUUUAUAAUGGAUUUUGAGGAUGCAAAAGAAAAUAUACAACCAUUGGCGGCUGGACGCAAUGCCAGUAUUUUACAUGCUUCUUUGCGUGUUGAGUCGCCACAAGAGUUAUUGGCUCGACGGCGAGAGUUAGAACAAGCCAUUCGAGAAUAUAGUGGUAAUGAUCCCCUCGAACCUUGGUAUGCAUAUAUUAGCUGGAUAGAGCAAAGUUUUCCUUCGGGUGGCAAAGAAUCUGGUUUAGAAGAAGUGCUAACAAAAUGCUUAUCUCAGUUUGAAAAUGAGGAACGCUAUUUCCAAGAUAGACGAAUGAUUAAAUUGUAUAUGAAAUUCAUUGAUAGUCAUCAGCAUCCGAUGGAAUGCUAUCAACAGUUAUUCAAUGCUGGAAUUGGUACAAUGAUUGCUGAUUUCUAUAUUUGCUGGGCGUAUCAUUAUGAUUUAUGUGGCAAUACACGCAAGGCAGACGAAAUAUUUCGUAGAGGCAUUGCAUGUCGUGCACAGCCUUUCGAAGAAUUACAAGAAGCACAUCAACAUUUCGGCUUCUCCGUUGCACAACGUUUAAUGUAUCAAGAUGACGACGAGGUAAAAGAAAGCACAAAACGUCAGUUCGAGGAAAGACGUUUAGCUUUAACGUCUUUACGAGGUCAUAGGCGUAAAGCAACUGUCGGCAGUGUACGCACGGGAUCUGCCGUGAAGAGUUAUGCACCGGGUACGGUACAGACUGGCGCUAGUUCUUCAAAACAAGAAAACACGCGCGUACAAGUCUUUCAAGAUGAAAAUAUCAAUCCUAAUUCACAACUAACAGCAACAGUAGCUGAACAAGAAAGUGCAUCUGAAGUUCCUAAAUCAGUUGUUCGUUCAAUUAUUGAUGCAGCACGAAACCAAGAAAAUCUUAAAGAGCCAGGACCAUGGAAUAAAGCACAUGAUAAGAAACUGUCUGGCAAACUCUUUAGUAAAAAGGAUAGGAAUACUGAUUUGGGUUUCAGUAUCCACGAGGAUACUGAGAUGGAAGAAGAAUAUGGUAAAAAACCUCUAGCACCGCCCAUUACGGAAGGAGAAAGAAAUUAUGAAAAGCCUUUUAAAUAUCCGAAAGAUUUUAAGAACAAAAAUUUACCCCAAAAGGAAUGGCUUACACCAGUAACGAUCGAAAAUGAGCCGGAUCCUCGAACUUUCCCACAGUAUAACAAAUGUUUUAUGUACCCACGACCAAAUAUAGAAUUUCAGCCAGAAGAGUAUCGAGCAUACCGUUGGUUUAAAAAACGUGGUAUUUCGAACAAUUUUACAGCAAAACGAGACACUUACUGGUGCAGCUACGAUGUUAAUAGAAAUGUAAGACAGUAUCCUAAUUUUGCGAAAACAUCCAGACCACAACGAUUGACAGAAAUAGACGCAUACUUCGAACCAGAAAAUAAGAAAGGAUUAAUGGUGUGCUUUAAGGAGUUAUAUGAUUCUUCCGAAAAGGUGGAAUACCAAGUAGAAGAGUUGAUGGCAAAACGUCUGCGUCGAUAUGAUACAAUAUUAAUGACAGCCGAUAUGGAUGAGACUGCAUGCGGCGUUAAUGAACGUGUACAGAGGCGCAAAAGCUUUUUUCCUUUACGCAAAUCGAUUAUGCCAAGACCUUCCAUCGUUCCCAUGGAAUCUAAAGAAGAUAUUGCGGUUGAAGAUAUACUCCAUAAAGAGUCUCUGAAAAUAACAAAUGUGCCCGAAACCUCGAAUGAAUCUAAUAAGCUCACCGUGCCACCAUCAACAAAAACAGGACUACCGUUCGAAAUUUUCGAAGACACAAUUAGCACAGCUACAAGCACUUCUCCAGCUGAUACUGUUAAUAAAGUUAGUUCAGUUUGCCAAGGACAAAAUCCUUCAACAGUUAAUUCCGAUUUCAAGUUUAAGACACCCGCUUUACCAACAAUAUCCACGUCUGUUGGAGGAAUAUCGAAAACCGCCAUAGAAAAUAAACUUGGUUUCGAAAUUUAUACUGAACCUUCUAUGAGUGAGUGUCAACCAUCUAGCACUGAAGGGGCUGCAGGGGGACCUAUAUUUGAUCCGGAAGAAACUUGUUCUACGCAAAUAUUCAACGUAUUUUUAAAAUCUCAGUCGGUUAGUACACCUAAGAUGGCACAGAAAGUGGCACCAAGACAAUUUGGAUCUAUUUUGAAGAGUGUGCCGAAACCUCCUGAAUUUUCAAGUAGCCCAGAAAGUAAUCCAACACCUGAAGCCAGUACAGAUGAACAUGUAGAACCCCUAAAAGCCGCAGUUGAAUACUCUCCUUUGACGGUGAAGCAAUUGUCCACUAUUUUAGAAACUUCCGAGCACGGUACCACCCAGGGUACAUGCACGACUGGUGGCACAACAACAAAGUCUUCCAACAGCACAUCUGACGGUGAAGGCGAGCGUGAGAUGGGAACGCGGCUAUUGAUGCCUGUUACGGAAUUAGAGCCAGUAGAAGAACAGUCGCGUGAAUCGUCGACAAUACCAGCUGAGGUAAUGGUAUCAUUAGAAAAUAUUAAUUUGCAUGGUCAGACAAUGCCAGAAGUGAAACAUCCAACAACUGUUGGCACGCAUGAAUUGUCCAUAAAUAAAUCGAAUGUUAUCCCACAAAUUGCCAAUGUCGAACCAGCCACACCAGCUUAUAUGCGUUUACAGACGGGGUCUGAUGCGCUAGUUGCGUCUGCAGCGUUAGCGCCAGCAUUAAACUUUUCAAUAUUCGAAGAUGAACCCACUGAAGCGAUUAAGGUUAAACAAGCUGGGAAUUUUACGCGUAUUGACGAACGCGAGGAUACAGCGGCUGGCUAUGCCAUACGAAGCGUUCGUUUCCAAGAGGACAAGACUGAGACAAUGUCGAAAAUGCUAUUGCAUUCACGUUCUAUUGUAAAAUUUCAAGAAGAUAAGACGGAAACCAUACCCAAAAUGCCAAUCGCAACACCCGGCUUAGUACAGUUUGAGGCAGAAAAAACCGACACAAUGCCGAAAAUUACGCUUUCAGCACCAGUCAAAAAUCUCAGUUCGAAUUUGGAAGAUUCUUUUGAGUUUUUUGGUCAAACCCCACCGGGUAAGAGCAUAUUACAUCCAAGAUAUGAAGUUUCGGCUUUUAAGGAGUGCAUGGAGGCACGGACGCCAUUGUUGUCCUCGGCUAAACGACAUUGUGAUAUCAAUACUCCAGAUGCAGUACAGCUGAAGGCGCAGGGUUCAACACAAAAACAGGCCAUCACCACAACGACGAAAGUUACUGCAGCGGCUUUCAAAGGACCACCAUUAUUUGAGGAUGAAGUUGACAAAUUAACGUCUACAAAGCCCCAAGUACUGUUCUCAUCGACAAAACCUUUAACUUCACAAAAAGUCAUCACACAACCAACAGUGCAGAGGGUAAUUGCGCGUGAUUCCUUUUUGUCAGAAUUUUCCUAUAUUGAAGAGACCCAACCACAAUCUGCCGUCAUUCCUGCCAAAUGUGAAGGAAAAAAGAAUGAUGUAUCUAAUACCAGAACGGUGACCGAAACUGCAGUUAAUACAAAGGCACAAAAUAUCGCUAAGUGUAGCGAUUCAAAUGAACAACAAGCUAAAUCAGACUUGAGCGAUUCCUAUUUAAAUGAUUUCUCCGAAAUUAUGGACUCUCAACCUGUACAAAGUGAUAACAACUGGCUCAGAUCUGCCUCGAAAAAUAAAGCCAUGGAAACACAGAAAAAGGAUCAAGGAAACUUUUGUAAUUCGUUUCUAAAAGACUUCUCUGCUGUAAUGGAGUCCAAACCAACAGUUAAAGAAACCGAAUUUCUACAAAAGCAGUCUACAACAAAUACAGUUGCUAAAACUGAUUUCAAGCCUAAAAGUGAAUCGAGGAAUUUAGCGCUUACAAGAAACGAUGAGAAUAGAGCUAAAUUCGAUCUUGGAAAUUCUUAUUUAAAAGAUUUUUCUAUGGUGUCCGAAUCGCAACCAGUCGAAGUUCAACGGGAGCGGCAACAACCCAUGGCUACUGAUAACAAACAUAAAACGAACGAACAAAGCCAUGAAAUGGAUGCUAAAAAGCUUGAAAUCGCCAAUUAUAGUUUAAAAGAUUUUUCUGUAAUUAUGGAAUCGCAACCGGUUGUUAACGAAAGAAAGCUUGAACAGCACAUAUCUCUUUCCACGUUAUCAACAACUAAACCACUAACUAGCAAAGUCGAUAUGUCCCAACAUAUAGAAGAAAACAUUAAACCGACUUUAGGCUGUUCUUAUUUAAAUGAUUUUUCAAUUGUGCCCGAGUCACAACCCGUUGAAAACAAAAUGAAAAGUAAGAUAUGUUCAAAUCAAACAAUUGCUGAUGAGGUAUACCAAAAUUCAAAUGCCAUUCCUGCAACACAUACGAAUGAGCUUCAUCCGAAGGAGUUUUCAGUUGUUUCGAAGCCGCCCACGCUUGAAAGCGCCACCAAACGUGCACAAGAACAAUUUGAGCAACUUUAUAAAGAUGUAAAACCGGCUGCACCAGCACAACCGCUCAUGUUUCUGAAUUCCUUCAUGAAAGACUUCUCCGGAUUUCGCUGCCCUCCCGCCGAGCCAAUAAGUAGUAAGAAAACCACUACACGCUUAACGUUUCUGAACGAUUCAAAAAAAUUUAAUGAAUCUAUACAUUCAAAUCCAAUUAAUAACAGUCUUAGCAAAGAAUCGAAUAACCCUGUACAAAAUUCGAAUAAAUUACAUUUUCUUGAAAAAUCGAGGGCCAGUCUAGCCCAAGCGCCGCCAACUGAACGCUUGUCUACUGAAAAGUCUUUUGAGUUGAAUGCAGAGACUGCUAUGUUCUCCACAAACAUCAGUAUGAUUAAGAACUCCACACUCUUGCCACAAAUUGAAGUGAAUGCCUUGCAGGUGCCAUCACCAAUAAAAGAGCAGUCGCUACAUAUAAAGCAGGAGAAAAAUGAAACUUGCAAAAUCGUUGCUGUUAGUCAACAGCAACAGGAUAUCUUAAAAACGCCGCCAAAAACGAUAAACGUGUUGCCGUCAACGUUGCCAAACGUUUUGUUGCCACCAAGUUUGGCGCAAGAGCAUACAACAGCAUCAUCGACAGGUGCUGUACCGAAACAGCCAUCAGCUGUAAAGCCACAACGCGAAAGUAAAAUUCCACAACCGAUAAGUCAUACUCUACCACAAAUCAAACAGCCAAUUGAGCAUAUAGAUAUACCUGAUGUCAGUGAUCAGGACAUUGUCCAGGACGGCGAUGCCGAAAUGAGCAUAUAUUUUAAGCAUACGCCGAAAACGCCGAAAAUACAACAACACAUAUGGACUGAAAGUUCGCCCUCGCCCAAAACACCAUCACAGAAUAUAUAUGUUCAUCGGGAAGUAGAUCUAAAUGUCACAAAUCAAAUUAUAGACAACGUGAACGUUGAUCCCCAAGUUAAUCCUUUUAAUGGCUAUUUGCAAAGUGCCUUCUUGGAGCAAAUUGAGUUCAGUAAUUAUAUUGAAGAAUUGCCAAGUUGUAUGCUAGUUGGUCACGUGUCACGUCUAAAUUACGGUGCUAAAAUCAAGGUUAACGAUGUUGAAUUUGAUGUUUUAAAGUUAAUCGGAGAGGGCGCAUAUGGCGCUGUGUAUUGUGGAACACAUAAUAAGACUGGCAAAAAGUAUGCGCUCAAACAGGAACGUCCACCGAAUUUUUGGGAAUACUACAUAUGCUUGGAAGUGCAUAGUCGUUUAAAUUCGGAAGAUUUGGUUUCGGCUUUCAUGAGCAUCGAUUAUGCGCUGAUUGGCAAUAAUGCCAGUAUCCUGAUAUCACCGUUUUCUGUUCAUGGCUCGCUAAUAACUGUAUGCAAUAAGGUGAAAAAACAUACAUUAAGAAAUGUCGAUGAGUAUGUAGUGAUGAUAUUAACUUGUGAGCUGCUCAGCAUCAUUGAUCAUUUGCACGCCAUUAAUAUUAUACAUGCAGACAUUAAAGCUGAUAAUUUCAUUUUAAUGAAGAACUUGGAUUAUACCAGUACCCAGUACGCAUUGCAGCUAAUAGAUUUUGGUGUAUCAAUUGAUAUGAAAUUAUUCAAAUCCGGCCAAACGUUUAAUUAUGUACACAAUGAAAACGCUUUCAAGUGUGUCGAGAUGCGUGAAGGCCGCCCUUGGACGUAUCAGCUGGACUUAUACGGUUUGGCAGGUGUCAUACAUGUUUUACUCUUCGGUAAAUUCAUGGACAUUGCGCAACGCCCUAGUGGUAUAUGGAUGCAUAAGACACAUGUGCCACGUUAUAUUAAUCGCACGUUGUGGGAUACAAUAUUUCAGUCCUUACUGAAUGUGCGCGACUGUGAAACGAUGCCGAAUUUGCAAAAUUUGCGCGCACUUAUUAAAGAAGAAAUAGCUGCGAAGGAGAAAUUCGUUAUGAGGAAAAUUGCAGAGUUUAAUUCGGCUUUAAGUGCUUGAAAGUAUAGAAAUUGGUUUAUUUGUUCACAGCAAUCAUAUUGUAACUAUUUUUGUAUUACAAUUAAUAAAUUUACUUUAUUAUAUGCACGUUUUUA